AUGGCGCUGAGCACACUGGAGAGACAGCUUCUGCUGGGGCAGACGGUGGAUCGGAGCGCAGACGCACAGACGGAUCAGAGCGCAGAGGCGCUGGCAGCGCUGCUGAGCCAGGGUCAGUACGAGCAGGUUUUGCGGUCGGAGGCAGCGCAGUAUCUAUUCCGCACGCUGGCCGCAGACGAGGACGUGACGGCGUCGUCUCUGCAGGCAACAGCGCAGCAGCAGGCGCAGCAGUUCGCCACGCAGCACGGGGCCGCAGGCUGGGCAUCUCUGACAUGGAUCGGAGCAGCAGCACUGCAGGCGUUCAUCCAGACGAACUGGACGGGCCCCGAGUUCCUAAUGGACCCGGCAGAGCUUUUGCUGGCCGUGGCAGACAAGUACAAGGAAGAGCUGCCCGAAGGCGCUUCCAAGCACGAGAUCGGGCGACGUGACCAGCUGGGGACGCGUGUAUCUGGGAGCGGAGCAGAGCAAGGAGCGGGCGGCGCUCCGACCAAGAGGCGUAAUACGCUGACGCCGCGGCCGCUGUUUCUGGCACUUGCCCGCUGGCUGCUGGCGGUAGGCAGCGCAAGGUGGUGGGCAUCCCGUGUUUUGCUCGCACAGCAGAGCCUUUUGGAGUACCCGGCCCAGUCGCUGCUGGACCAGAUCAUGGACGGCUACAGUGCUCCGGUGCCGGAGCUGGGCGAGGACAGCCCGAUGAGCCGGUCGGCGGCGACCCACACAUGGGAUGCGGUGGGGCGGGCGACCGCGAGCUGUGGGCAAGGCUCAGCAUGGGAGCACGGGGUGGCCUAUGCGCAGCACCAGAUGACGCGGGACGCGGUGCAGCAGCUAACGGCAGCGCAGGCGGCCAGCGGGCUUGCAAGUUCCGACACCGCGCAGCUGGUGCUGCUAGCGCAGAGCGCCCAGCCGGCCCGCAAGGCAGAUCAGGGGGCGGCGCCCGAGAGCUUUGCGCUGAACGACGACACGCUGCUGGAGCAGAUUGCAUUCACGGAUCUGGACAUAUCGGGGCAGCAGGCAGCUGCGGGGGCUGGACGCGAGUGUUUUGCUGGCGCUCAGAUGAUGCCGUUUGUGGUGCGUGUGCUGCAGCACCCGGGCAACUGGAGCAUCUACACGAUGGCGCUGCUGCAGCGGUCGCGGCUGGAGGCAGCCAAAACCCGCACUGUGGAGCGCGCGACGCUGCAGCUGCAGGCCCUGGUCGACCAGAUCUCGCACCCGCUGCCCGAGGCCCACGAGGCAGGGCCCAUGCGAGCGCCUGCAUGGGAGCUGGAGCGCGAGCUGGCCAAGCAGUUCAUGGCCCUGGGCGUCGUGCGCUCGGCCCUGGAUAUCUUUGAGCGCCUGCACAUGUGGGACGAGGUCAUCGCGUGCUACCAGAUGCUGGGCCAGGAGGAGGUUGCUGAGCGCAUCAUCCGCGAGCAGCUCGACUUGGCCCCGAGCCGCCCCAAGCUGUGGUGCCUGCUGGGCGACCUCAAGCAGGACCCGGCCCACUGGCGCCACGCCUGGGAUUUCGACGACUCCGUCGCGUGCUACAAGCACGCGUUGAAGCUCAAUCCGCUGUUCGAGCGCUCACCGGCGACUACGACACCGCGCGUGGACGCCUUCCAGCAGGUGGUCCAUAUUGACUACGAGAACUCGGAGGCCUGGAACAACCUGGCCAGCAUCCACAUGCCGCAGGCGUGGUAUGCGCUGCGCGAGGCCCUGAAGGGCAAAUACGACUCAUCGGCGCCGCCAUCCACGCCCUGGACCCGUAUCGUGCAGCUGCGGGCCGAGAAGGACGGCGCUGCCUGCGUCGACCUGGACAUAUUGCGCGGGAUCAUCUCGUCGCUGACACGCGGCACCUUGACACGUAAUGACAAUGAGCGCGAGGCCCGCCGCAAGGAGCAGCAGUACUCCAAGUACAUUGAGCAUCUGCUGGUCAAUGCCAUCGAGGCCAAGAUCACCAACUCCGCCCCGCUGUGGCGCGUCAUGGCCGACUUUUGGUUCUGGCGCCGCGACUACAAGCACUGCCUCGACUGCUACAUCAAGGCGUACCGCUGCUACUCGCAGAUGCCCCCAGGUGAUGCCGUCGAUGCCGCCCUGGAGCUUGCCGACAUGUACGAGAACCUCGGCGACAAGGUGCAGGUUGUCAAGGCCCCCUCCGCCCAAGACGGCCAGCAGCAAAACGACCAGGAGGUCGCUGGUGACGACCAGCGCAAGGCCGCUGCCAUCGAGCAGCCCGUGUGCAGCGACUGGAAGCACCAGACAAAGAUGCUGCUCAGGGGCCUGAUUGGCAAGGGCAAGGAGUCGUUUGAAGGCACCCCUGACUACGAGCGGCUUGUUGAAGCACUGAAGGAGCUCCGCCAGGCCUGA